AUGCACCCUACUUAGAGCCUUGAGCCAAAUGUCUCAAGAUUUCUAGGACUCUCCUCAAACCAUCACGUACUCCGCUAUUUCUUGCCCUUAUAAUGCUCGCGAAGCCUUCUAGCAACUCAUCGCUCGCUUUUUCUCUUUGUGAAACCUCCUCUUUCGCUCAAUCUAUGUCUGAAUGCACUCGCAAACGAAAGCGUCAAGCUGAAGACGACGACUUUGAUCCCUUGAACCCUCAGAAUCAAGACGAUAAAAACAAAACUAGGAGGAUCAACCCGUUUAAGCUUGCUGAACGUCUACCUGAUGGCCUUGUCAAGGAGAUGGAAACUUUCAUUAAACCUGGAGCGAUUAUGCCCAACUUCGACGUAAGGAAAGAGUUGCAGAUUCGAUAUCAAGUCGAUAGGCGGCAUCUUUAUGACUACUUUCAUUCUCGCGGUCUCCGCGUUGCGAAAGAGGAUCGUCACAGCAAUCUCACUAGAAGCAGAAUCGCGAAGGCGAAAGCUCAAACAAAUGGAGACGAAAGUGUCAAGGAGAACGUGUCACAGAAAUUUUACAAACCCAUGAAGCUUCCGCCCGCCAAGCGAUCCGCUCCCAAGCCGAAGAUAGCUAGGAAAAGUUACAAGAAACCUGUUCUCAUGUCUACAGUAGACAAUCGUGUCUUUAGUCCCAGUCCUGCCGCAUAUAACCAAGAACCAGAUGUUCAAGUGACUGCCAGCGCCGAGGAAGACCUCUCCCCCGAAAAUGAAACCAAUAUUCUAGAGCCCGGUAUCUCCUUCGACAGCGACGUCGAUGCAGUCACUAACGCAGCUACACUGGCAGUAAUGGAACAACAACCAUGCUUUUACUCCGAAGACGCUUAUGUUACCUCUGGUCCAUCCACACCAUCGCUCGUCGACGACUCUUCGUCUUGUAAGUCGCCAUCCCCUUCACUCGAGGAAGAAUCCUUCUCUGCUGCUGAGUUCGCUGCCGAGUUCCUCAAUCUUCCUGAAGAUCUUGAUUGUCAAGACCAGUCGAUGGACACCGUUUUCGACUGCUCUUUUGCUCCCUCUAUCAUUGGUGAUUUAAUGCGCCCUUCUGACCGGAAGAACAUGUACGAACACAUCGACACGAACAUCGUUUCUAAUGGCACAAGCUUUGCGUUGGACCUAUCUGCUCUUGAACAUGAAACAUCAAGCCUCAAUCCUCUCUUCGCAAAUACAGCUUUACCAUCUUUCUAUCCGUCUUUGUCCCUCGCUUCUUACCUGAGUGCCUUACAGAACUUGUCUGCAGGCGCCGUACCUACAUUUUCGACUUCUCUACCUGCUCCGAUGCCUUCGUCUUCUACCUCGGAAGGAUAUUGCAUCCCUUCUGCAGUACUGUCGAAAUCAACGCGCGUCUUCACACCGCGCGAUUUCUUAAUUCCGGGUUUCCGACAAGUAGAAAGUGUUCCUUGUUCUGUUCCAGCAGUGCCUUUUACUGCGAACGCUUACUACCCUGUGUCAUAGAAUUAGCUUGAGUUGGUUUGAAACUGUGAAGCAUCUAGAACCUACGCUGAAUUUUCUUGCCUUAGUCCAUCCUUUCAUCUUUUACUUCAGCCUCCCCCCUCGGACACCUCCAACCCCAGCCAGAUAUUUUGACGAAACCCCUCCUUCUCCAUCUUAUGAAAAUCUCGUUCCCGGCCCGUCUUCUUCAGAAUUCUGUAUAUUGUCACCUUGUUCCUCUCGUUCCUCGAAUCUCGCCAUCCCUUGUCAAUCAUGAACCCGCGCCCUAUCGUGAUGUGCAGUAGGGUUUUUUCGUAUCGUAUGUAUAUGUACCUAACUUACACAAAUCACUGUAUACACACCUGAAGGAGAAAAAAUUCCGCUCGACGGAAUUACCAAAAUUCAGUGC